AUGGCCUCCCCUGGCUCCUCCGGCACCACCCGCAGCCGCCGCACCAAUCCGUUCGAAGGCCCCGAUCCCGUCGUCAUCCGCGACCUCAACAUCCUCGCUCGGGUUCCCGUCGUCCUCGACCAUCUCACCUCCACCUACUAUGCAUGGAAGACGUACUUCUCCCUUGUGUUCCGGGAGUACAACAUCCGGGAUCACAUCGAUGGCUCCGUGGAUUCCCGCUUCAUGGAGGACGAUGAGGAGUGGAUGUCCAUCGAUGCCACCCUCAUUCGUUGGUUCUACACCACCAUCUCGAAGGACCUCUUCCACACGCUUGACUCGUCUGUCGACGAUUACUGCAUGCGCCUCAAGAAGCUUGUUGACGAGCUCCGUGACCUUGGUGAGAAGGUCUCCGACGAGCUCCUCCUCAGCACCCUCAUCGCCGGCCUGAGCGACGAUUUCGGGAACACCGCCUCCAACAUCCCCCUCAUCACCAACCCGACGUUCCCCAAGAUCGUCGCCUACUUGAAGUUGGAGGAGAGGCGGAUGCGGAUGUCACGCACCCGGGUCACCCGCACCGCCCUCACCGCCGGUACUCGCGGCGGUGUGCGGCCCAUCGCCCCGCCGCGGCCCACCCCAGGCCCCUUUCAGGCGCCGCCGCCGCCCGGCGCCCACCCGGCCGCUCAUCAGGCGCUUCACGCGGCCCCUCAGGCGUACCAGCCCGUGCCGCUCUACGGCCCCUCUGCGGUCUAUGGGCUGCCUCCAGCCGGUGGGUUUGUGGCGCCCCCGCCUCAGCCGGCGCCGUCCGCCCCGGCUCUCCCACCGGUGCCUUGGGACCCCGUGCUCCUAGCGGCCCUCCACACCACCCCCACGCCGCAGCAGUACACUGGCGGUGGCGACUGGUAUAUGGACACCGGAGCCACGGCUCACAUGGCCGCCAACCCCGGUAACCUUCUUGCCGCUCACCCCGUUCACACCGCUGCUCGCAUUACCGUGGGUGACGGUUCUUCCAUGCCUAUUACUCAUGUCGGCCAUGCUGCUUUUCCUUCUAACUCCAUGCCAUUAUAUCUUUCUAAUGUGCUUGUCUCUCCUGACAUCAUUAAAAAUCUUGUUUCCGUUCGUUCUCUUACACGCCAAAAUCCUGUUACCGUUGAAUUUGACAUGUUUGGCUUUUCUGUUAAGGAUGCCCGUACCCGGAUGGUGCUCCACCGAUGUGACAGCCCCGAUGAGCUCUACCCGGUCCACUCAUCUACCUCCUCCGUCGCUGCACCCAUGGCGCUUUUCGCCGGAGUACCUUCGGAUGUUGCGGCUUUGCCCGCUCCCGGUGACGGCCGCUCCCGUGCCUCUCUUCGGCCGCCUCCCGGCUUUGAGGGUGCCCCCCGCGCCACGGGUCGAGUUUCUCCCCGGUUGGCUGCCCUAGGGGCUGCACCUCCUUCGGCGCCCGCGACGCCCCUGGCGUCCCCGGCCUCGACCACACCGGCGGCCUCGCCCGCCGCCUCGCCCGCGGCCGUCUCGCCCGCCGCCUCGCCGGCGGCCAUGCCUGUGGCCUCGUCCACCGCGGCCUCGCCCGCGGCGGUCUCGGAGGAGGCGGGAUCUUCUUCGUCGUCGCCCGUCUCCACUCCGGACCCGCUGCCCCGCCCGAUGACUCGCUCUCGGGCUGGCACCCUUCGACCGAGCACGCGGUACCCCAGCGAUGAGUACCUUCUCGCUGCUUCCGUCUCUGAGCCGUCUCCUCUCCCAUUGUCAGCUCGAGCCGCCCUUCGGGAUCCUCAUUGGCUUGCUGCGAUGCAGGAAGAGUUCGAGCACUCCAGCGGAACCGUACCUGGCAGCUCGUCCCUCGGCCGCCCCGUGCCAACAUCAUCACGGGGCCACCUGGCUGAGCAGGUGUUCUGUGAGCAGCCCACCGGCUUCGUCGACGCCACGCAUCCAGAUCAUGUGUGCUUGCUCUCCCGUUCUCUUUACGGGUUGAAGCAGGCACCUCGGGCCUGGUACCAGCGCAUCGCCGCCUUCCUGCAGACGCUCAGAUUUACAUCGACUCGCUCUGAUGCGUCCCUCUUCGUGUAUCAUCACGGAGUUGACACGGCCUACUUGUUGUUGUACGUCGAUGACAUCAUUCUGACGGCAUCCACUGUCGCGCUCCUUCAGCGGCUUACUGCUCGUCUUCGCGAUGAGUUUGCCCUGAAGGACUUGGGUCCUCUGCAUUACUUCCUUGGCAUUGAGAUGGUUCGGCGGCCAGAUGGGUUCUUCCUGCAUCAGCAGCGCUAUGCCCAUGAGCUUCUCGACCGAGCUGGCAUGCUUAACUGCAAGCCCGCUCCCACGCCCGUCGACACCAAGGCCAAGGUUUCCGCUUUGGAGGGUUCGCCUGCAUCUGAUGCAGCAUUCUACCGCUCCAUUGUGGGCGCCUUGCAGUACCUGACCCUAACGCGCCCCGACUUGCAGUAUGCUUUUUAG